AUGUUCUCCUCCCCAGCUCCUAGGGCGACACCGCGCAAGUCGGUAUUCCGCGGCCGAGGCGACACCGCCUCCGUGUCGCGCGGAACGCCCAGCAUCGCCUCCGCAUCCGAGAGGGAACCUCUGACCCCCUCGCACCGCUCGUCCCGGCUCAACGCGCUCAAGCGGGCCGCAUCACCCACGUCUACAGCAGGGGAGACGGCACGGACAGCGAGGUAUGAGGAAGGAGGGGAGCGGGUGUUUUUGGCGAAAGAUCAGAGGGGGGAGAUCUACUCGUUAGGCGGGUUACCGAGGGAAGUGCAGCAGAUCGUCAAGAAUUCAGUAGAUAUGAUCAGGAAUACUGUAUCGGGCCAAGUGUACCCAGCGUCAGGGUACGCACUGGUUACGACGUCGACGAUGUGCAUCGCCUGGAACUACGCCAGGUCCAGUCCGACGGUAUAUGUCUUCCACCCUCCUCCAUCCUCUCGACCAUACCCUGCUCAAUCGCCGCCGCCCAUGAUCGCCGCGCUGCAACACGCGGGAUCAGGCGAGCCCGGUGUCAUCCUCGUUUCGACAUCAGGAGAGGUGCGCUUCUGGGAGAACAUGAGUCUCGCACUAUCAAAUGUGGAUCGAUACCAGGGCGUCCAGCUGGACCUGGGGGCGGACGAUUACGCGGACAAGAUCUGGGCUGUCGAGUCAAAUACCUACCUCAUCACCACAACCUCCUCCCUCGCCUUCCGGCUCUUCAUUACAUCCCACUCUGGCCGGCAAACACCGACGGUCACCCCCCUCAUGCGCCCAGGCGGGAUGUUCGGGCGCGCCUCCCCCGUUAUCUUCAGCUUGGGGGAGGAUAAGCAGGGGAUCACAGCCGUAGCGGCAGACGGAGGGCGCUUGUGGGUGCUAGCGAAGAGGACAGCGCAGAAGUGGCAGUUGGGGAGUGAGGACCAGAAGUAUGUGCAGGAUGUGGACCUGUACGAUGUACUAGGAAAUGGGAUGUUCCCGGGCAGGUGGUCGACUGGAGAGGUAGAGCUGGAGAUCAACGAUCUGGUCACGCUAGCGCCGGGAUACCUCGCUUCGCUCGUUUCGACUAUCGAUCAAGGCGCUACCUCGUCUACGUCCUCCUCGCGAGUAUCUCACGCCAUCGUCAUCCUCUCUUCGUCCGCCCGGAAUGGCAGUCUCGCCGUUUCGAGGGUGAUCCCUAUGUCCUACUCACCCGAACCCGACUCGCGAUCGCUGGAAACGCCUCGGCUGAUCAUCCCUGCUGAGAGCACGACAGCUUUUGUCCGAUUCGCCAGCUCGGUACUGAUGGUUUCGCUCGUCGAAGGCGACUCGUACGAAGAAACCAUCACCCUGAGAGACUCCAAGCGCAACGCCUUCAUCGGCGCGGGACACGUCCGAUCUGUCAACCUGAAACGCCCAACACCACCUUUAGUGCUCAUGCCCGCCUCUGGAGGCUUACUCGGCGUCGAAACCUUCUCACCGCCAGUUUCAGCUCGAGGCCUAUCGUCCAGCGCAGCCGCUACUGCUCGCCUCAAGUCCAAGAUGGAACAAGCUGUCUUUUUCGGUGAUCGAUCCGAGAACCCCUUGAGCUUUGAUGUACUAGGAUCAGGGGCGGGAGGGGACGUGGCUGCUGCUGCAGAGGCAGUCUCGGCGGAGAUAUUGUCGUGUACCUCAGCACACAUGCCCGGGAUAUAUGAACUCCGACCUCAGCUGGCUGAUCGGCUCGCUAGGCUCAAAGACCUUGUUGGGUAUAUACGUAGGAAUGGGCUGCUGGUCAAGUUGCCUCAAGCUUCUAGGCGGACACUAUCGCGGGAUGGUGAAAAAGCCAAGGCUGCGGUGGAUCUGUGGGACUACCAGAACCGACUGAUGGACCAAAUGCACUCUCGCUCUCCUCAGUCUUUACUUUCCGACUCGAUCAUGCUCUUUAUGAGACAGACCGAGGUGCGGGAGGACGAGGACCCCGUCAGGCAUUUCUUCAGGCACAAGUCGCAAUUUAUGGAUCGCCUUCUCGAUGUCGUCUACUCGACAUUCCGAGCUGCCAUCGAAGCACUAGGAGGCGGCAGAGCUGGAGCGCUCGAGCGGUCUGCUUGGGUUCUCGAGGCGAACAGGAUCUUCAUUAUCGUCGUCCGUGCUGCGGCCCAGUACCGCGAAGACUCUGUCCAGGCAUACGAAAUGGACCGUCGAUCCCCUUCGAUCGAACAAUGGACCGCUGCCGCACCACUCAUGGCUUCUCUGGAAGAUCUGUACUAUACCACCGAGACGCUCAUCGCGGAUCGAACGCGGGAUCUCGGCUCGGCGAUCGACGCGCCGCCAACUGCUGUGGGGGAUGUCAAGGCGCAAAGGGCGGUACAGAAUUCGUUGAAGAACCAGAUGGCGGAGCUGGCGGCUGCUUUGUGUAAUAAUAUGGAGGAUAAGCUCCGGGCGACUUCGCGAAGACAUAUUGAGGAUGGAGGAGAAGAACAAGAAGGGAUUGCGUUACAGCGGAAAUGGGCCGAAAUGCGUCCAAGGGUGAUUCGUCCGCUUGUGACGAUUGACCGUAUAUCUCACGCAUACGACCUCGCGGAACAUCACAACGACUACGAAACGCUCGUAUGGCUGGCGAACCAUCCUAUAGCUGGCGCCGCGGGCGGGGUCGUCAAGCUACAAGAAUAUAUUGAGCGUUUUGGCGAGGAGUUUGCGUUUGUGCUGUACCAGUGGUAUAUCGACCAAGGUCAACAGCAUGCGCUGCUCAGCCAAGACGAAGUAUACGGCGGGCUAGUCACCAAGUUCUUUGCACAGCGGGACUAUCCCGAGUUGGCUUGGCUGCAUCAUUUAGCGUGUAGGCGGUAUAGCCCAGCAGCGGCUGCUUUGGGGGUGGUGGACCAGCGGGAAGUAGGGCUGGACGCAAAGAAUAUCAUCAGCAGUAUUGGCAAGCUCGCGGCUGUGGCUGAGAUGAAGAUCAAGGGGACUUCUGAAGCUCGGAGACAGGCGCUCGUCGACUUCGAUGACCAGCUCGACCUUAUCCACGUCCAAGAGACCCUCCGAUCCACACUCAUCGCUUCCCCUACCACGCGUCGGCUGAGCCCGCAAGACGCUCUGGCCGAGUAUCUCGACAAGAACCUCACGCUGCUUUCUUCCCGGCCGGCGUUCAGAGAAAUGAUGGUGGAUCUGGCGAGACGGCUGGUCGAUGGCGAGGCGCUGGGGAUUGAGGGGCUGGUGGAUGUUUUGACGCUCAAGGAUAAUAAGGGUGAGGAGGGCAGGGGAGAUGCGGCGGUUGCGCUGGAUAGGUUGAGAGGUGAUAUGGUGAGUUGCUCUUGCUCGACUACGUUGCCGGAGGGCCGGAAACAGGUCGCUUUGCUCUCGAUCUGGCGGAGGGUGUUCAUCCGGGACGACUGGAUGCUCAUCUCCAAUACAGCCGGCAAAAGUGAAGAACGCAUCCAAGCCCUCCUACGCCAAACAUCCACCUACGCUACCCUCCGCGCCAUAUCCACCCUCCACGGCUUUCCACAGUCAUACAUUCUCUCCCCAUAUACGUCGGCCCAGCCACCUCUGCUCGCCGAGCUUACCGCGCGAUUCCCGGAUCGCACGCUGCAACAGAUCGAAGCGUUGAUGGCGGAUCACGAGGAGGAGAUUAGGGUGUUGGAGAGGUACAUAGAGCAAGGGGGGCUGGAGAGUAGGGUCAAGGAGGUGGCGGAGCUUGUUAAGAGGGAUCAGGGGGCUGGAGUGGGGAUGGGGGCGGGUGUGGGAGCUGGAGAGGAAGAUGAGCAGGGGGAUGUAGAGAUGUAG